CAUUUUUUGGUUUAAUUCCUUCAAACUUCUCCUAUACUUUCAUAAUUAAAACAAGUUGGUGAAUGGACUAAAGCUAAGUUACAAGUCUAAUCUCUUAAUCUCCUGAUGUUUCAAAUCGUAUACAUGGCUUGAGUAGGUAUACACGACUCGACUCUUCGGAAUUGGCUGAAUCAAAUCCCGGGAAUAAGCCAUCUGUUUCACAAAGUGGUGCUGUGGCUGUAGGCAUCCAUUCAUCUUCAUAUUCCCCCCUCUAUAAAGGGAGGGGUUAGCAACGAUUAUGAACUUGCAGCCAACAGCCAAUGUGGCCUCUCGCUCGGCGCCACAGCAGCAAUCAAAGCCUCUCAGUUGUACCAACUGUCGGGCCCGAAAGUUAAAAUGUAGCCGGGAACAUCCGUGCACCCAUUGCGUGCGUUCCGGCGCCGAGUGUAUCUUCCCGGCCCGUAAGCGGACCCGCAAGCCAAGGAAGAAUAAGAAUUCGGAAUUAUUACAACGCUUGAGCCGGCUUGAGACUAUCGUGGGUAAUGUUGGCUUGGCAGGACUAGUUAGCGGAGAUGACACCACCGCAUCUAACCCAGCAUCCACAUCUACGUCAGUACCAGCUCCGAAUCCGAGCGCUGCUUUACCGGCCCCUCCUAAACAAAUUCCCGUCCCUGAGACGCAAGAUGAUGGGCAAAAAGCGUUACAAGAGAGCAAAGCCUCACAGUAUCUGAGCGGGCAGUUUUGGUCUAGCCUCUGUGGUGAAGUGGAAGGACUACGACAAGCUCUAGAGCAAUCUACCGACUCAGACGAUGACGACUCUCAGCAACAGCAGUCGCAGCAACAACAACCUCUUCAAGAAGCCACACCGGAUUCUAUAUACGAUAACAGCGGCUCUAGUACGUCGGGUCUCUCCCCAGGGAUGCUCUUAGGCGGCACACCACGCCUCUCAUCUGAACAAAUUGAGCAUCCACCACCAGACCAAAUCCGCUUCUUAACGACGACGUACUUCACCAACGUAGAUAUGAUCCUCAAGAUCCUCCACCGCCCCACCAUCGAGCCAUCCCUACACCUCCUCGCCAACUCCCUAGAAUCUCCUCGAUACCAGCCACCACCAACUCUAAUGCCCGAGCGAGAAGCCCUCAUCUUCUCUAUCUACCACGCCGCAGUCGCCAGUCUAUCUCCCGCAACUUGUCUAUCUCGCCUAGGUCGCCGUCGCAUGGAUUUACUCCGAAUCUACGCAGCAGCCGUGGAGCGUUUCCUCGUGCGCGCAAACUACCUCGACAGCACCAGUCUCGAGACCCUGCAAGCACUUACCCUCUACGCAGCCUGCGUGCGCAGCAGUGGCGGGUCACGCGCCGCAUGGGCGCUCCUAGCUCUUCCCAUCCGCUUAGCACAAGCUCUCGGCCUCCACCGCGAAGCUGGAAAUGCGCGCUUAUCAUCUUAUGAAGCCGAGCUUCGCCGGCGGUUAUGGUGGCAAUUAAUCGUGCUCGACAUCCGCGCCGCAGAGGACCGGGGCACGACUACAGUAAUCGCGCGAGGGAGCUAUGAUACUAGAAUGCCGUUGAAUAUAGAUGAUGCGGAUUUCGGGCCAGAGACUAGGGCAGCGCUGACGGAGAAGAAGGGGCCGACGGAUAUUACGUUUAAUUUGUGUACAGCGCAUAGCUCGAAUAUCUUUUUAUAUGUUGAGCAUGCGCAAGACGCAGUCGGUGUGGAUGAUGGGAGUGGAGGGACAGAAGGAGGGGUGGCGAGGAGUAGUAAUAUAGGAGGGAGUGCACGGCCUCCGCCGCAAAGCGUAGAAGAAACAGUCCGACACGCGCAAAGCCUCGAAUCGCAAUUUGUCUCCGAUGCGGAUCCGAAUCAUGCGCCGUCGUAUUUUGCCUCUGUGAUGGCGCAUCUAGUCACGCUUAAGCUAUGGCUUAUUAUGCAGUACCCCUUACACCCACGCCGGCGACGGCAGCCCUCACAGACAUCACCUGCGUUGCGACAAAAUAUAGGUGGAGCAGGGAUAGGAGCAGGAAGUGGAAUAUUUCCUAACGAAGCGACAUUACGCACGGCCCUGUCCAUAAUGGAGCUUAAUGAGCAUUUGCAGACAGGGCCUUUUGGGGAGAGAUUCCGAUGGUGGGCUGAUACAUAUGUGCAGUGGCAUCCGCUGGCGGUAGCGUUGGCGGAACUAUGUACGCAGACACGAGGCGAAUUGGUUGACCGGGCUUGGCGUACCAUUGAUGAUAUAUUUCCUCGAUGGAGUGAAGUCAUUGCUGAUACCAAAAACGGUACAUUAUGGCGGCCUAUACGAAAGCUUUACAAAAAGGCCAAGGCGGCUAGGAAUGCUGCUACUGCUGCCCUUACAUCUACUGCUACAGUUACAGCUCCUACGACUAGCACUGCCACUGUAACUACGGUCACAGAUAUGGACACAGCUAUGACUACUGGCGAUACCCCCCAGGUCAGCAGACCACAAGAGGGAUGGCAGAACCCCGUUACUGUCACUGCUACUGCUACAAUGGAGCCAGAAAGCGCAUACAGCGCAGAUAUCCGCAACGCGAGGGAAUCCAGCGUCCCACCAGAUAUCGCGAAACUGAGUAUGUCGCCUUACGGAUUGAAUGAAUCGAUGUGGGGAUGGAGAGACCUGAGUUUUGAUAUACCCUUGAUGGAUCUUGGUGGCGGAUCGAAUAUGAUGGAUUGGAGUACUUGGGAUGACUUUGUGACUGAGACACAAGCUGAUGAUGGGCGGUCGAAAUCUGGAUCGAGCGAGAUGAGCUCUUAAUGUGUAUACCAUAACAUAUCUGCCAUGCAACUCACUCCAACCUCAAAAUAACCACAUGUAUAACAUAAAAAUCACAAAAGCAGGAAAAAAAGAAAAAGAGGCA